AUGAGAACCUUUAACUGUUCUGAAAAAGAUGUCAUUCUGAAAUCAGCGGAUGAGGGAAAGAAUCUGCGCCUGUGCCGGCCAGUGGAGGCGGCUGACCAGAUCAAUCUAAAGGAUGACAAGAGUUACGCACACCUCCUGCGUGAUAGCCAUUGUGAGAUAACUGGUCAGGUCAAGCAGACGUCUAGAGCAGUUGGGGACUUCUCAAAGAACAUACCAGGUGUAAAAGAAUACAAAGUCAAGUGCCAACUUUUCGACUACAGCUGGGCGUUCCGUGUCCUCAAAAAUCCAAAACGUGAGUCAUUGCCAGACCCAGUUUGUCUCGAGUUGUUUACAGUGGCUAGAUUUAUGAUUGGCUUUUGAUCAUAAGUUCCUUUAGUGAACCACCUCUAAAUAUAUUAUCUAACGUCAGUCUGCAGUAAGUCAGAAAAAGUGGCCGUGGAAAUGAGAUGUGCAAUGACUGCAUAACGCCAAUUUCGGAAAUGAGUCUAAAUCUGCGAAUGCAGAUAACACACUUGAAUAUUUUCGGAUUUUUAUUUUCAGUUUCACUUAUUGUUCCGCUAAGUUAAGGCACGCUUGACUGUGCAAAUCACAUCUGUGCUCAUAUCAUAUUUUUGGGAUCAGAAAUGCGUUUCUGAAAGUAAUUCCUACACCAGCUGCAUGUUUAAAUGAUUGAGUAGGAUUCGAGCAGGGCUUUUGCCAGCAAUGUUGAGGAGAGAGAUGUCACUGUGGCUGCCACAGUGGUGUCGGUUUCCAUUGAGUUUGUAUAAGUGGACGAUGGUUGCCCCCUUGAUGUCCGUGGGGAUUCGCCCUUACUCUCUCAGUAUCGAGGCAUUCUUGUCAGUGAAUAAGGGGCCGCAGUGUUCGCAAAUGUCAGCUGCACCUGAGUUGACGAUCAGAGUUUUACCUCUAGACAUCUUUCGUGCAGUUUUUAUAGCCUCUUGUAGGGAGUCCCGACGGUCGAGGUCAGUGUAGGUGUCCGCUUGAAUACAUCUAUUGACGGCUCCUCCGCAUAGUGUUUACGGCUGCCUUGCUCAGCGCCUAAUAAUUUACAACCUAUCGGACGAUGGAGUUCCUAAAUCUCGACUGAGCAGCUGCGCAGCCCGCUUGGCUCGAGAACCAUAUAUUGUCUUGAUGGAUAAAAAGAAGCUGUCAGGCUCUCCGCGAGGGUGUAUCCUUUUGGCUUCUUCAGACUCGUGAAUUGGCCUACCAUUCUGCAUCUCCCAAAGUCCUUGUUACACCGCGUUUCGAAAUUGGAAGCAUGCUACCCUGACACUGAUUGUGUCGUUGGAGUGGAUGGUUUGCAGGGUAUUCUCUCCGGAGUGCAGGUUGUGAAUGUUCUCUCUGUUUGUCUUAUGUCGUGUGCGACUGAGGACUUCCAGUGCAGCGCAGUGUGAAACAUCAUACAAUGUCCUCCAAUGGGUAUCAACAACUGCCUUUGUUUACAAACCGCUCUUCAUUCCUAUUCAAUAAUACUCCAUAUAUCCUACAUCAGAUGUUCGCUCACGUUCGAGGCAACUGCAAGAUUGCAGUUGCAGCCUAGUCUUGUGGGUCUGUCCAGCCAUCCGCAUGACGCAUCGCCUUAGAUUCAUACCUUGUCCCAGCCUGACUGCCUGCAUAAAUCUCAAGCAGGACUCGCUCUCUUGAGUCUUGCGUCUUUUCCCAGUUUGUCGAUGACCGAUGCAUGAAAGUGCACCGCAGACGCACUAACAUCAAAGGAAAGACCAAUGGGUAACAAUCCGAGUGUUGCAAACGGCAACGUCCGCUGUGUGCUCUACAGCAUGGCGGGCUCAUGGGCAGUGGUUUGCGCAUGCAAACGUUCAUAAUAAUGAUGGACAUGCGCAGCAUCUACCACACUCCUUCCUUCUCCCCCUCCUCCUCCUCCUCCUCCUCCUCCUCCAACCACCUGGCCCCCGAGGCAAGACAGAGUCUGUGACUUGCGAACCAGUGCCAGGAGCCCCGACAUGUACUCGCCGCGUCCGGUUUCACUGUCUGCACUUCCGACGCACAUUCACUCGCUGCAUGGGCCUACUCAACUGUGUACGCAUCCACGACAGUGGCAUUUACCGCAAUAUCGCCACGCCAAGCAUACCUACGCAUCAAACAACUUUCCAGUCUCCAAUACUACUAAAUCGCCAUCUAUCAGUCCGUUCACCACUAGCAGCAUCACCACCGCAACCGAUUCAGCAGGCUCCCCAACCUACCCUGUCCACAUUGUCAUCGCACAUGCACAUCACGUAUCGGUCUGGUCGGUCAUUGGCGAAUACAUGACUCAGAGACUGAGAACCGGUGCCAGGAGCACCAACAGACACCCAUCACCAUCACCUCAACUGCCCCCACACACAUCCAAACACCAUAUGGACCUAGUUGGCCACAUGAACAUUCAUGAAAGUCUGCGGUAAAGCACAUGUGGACAAACCUCAUAAACAACUAUCGCCUCACUAGCACACGCACGACACUAACCUGUCCAUCAUUACCCACCACAAACACGAAAUCGGUACGUCGCAUGUAAAUGAGCAGUUUGUUCCUCGGAUCCUUCUCAAUGUGUCUCCUCUGCUGCAUAUGAGAUCCGAGUAGUCCAGCCCCUUUCAGUGAAAUCCCGAUGUGCCACGCCGGGGGACGGGGGAGUACAGGUCGUGCGCGCGUGUGUGUGUGUGACAUGCACAGACCGACUGCCUAGCUAUGAAGGCCUCCGGAUUUGUAAUAAAAUGAGUGUUCGGACGGAUACAGGCCUGUCCAAACGCUUGUCCGACUUAGGUACAUCAAAUAACCUUCCUGCGUAUUCACUUUCCUAAACGGAUACUCUCUCGUUCAGCUAUAAAGAUGUUACCUCUGUAUGCGUACCGAACACGAGAGGCAGCACAAGCGCAGACGCCUAGCAGACACUGCAGGGUCCAUGGCAUGAGGGAAAUGCCUGAGGUCUGGCCCCUCAGUACACAGAAGGCCUGGACACGCGACCGUGACCCUGACUGUCAGCUUGUCGCACACAUGUGGCCUGAUGUUUGGACACUGCAGGCAGCAUUCAGUCACUGUGUCACCAGAUUAGUUUUUGAUCAUGAAAGCACUGCGGUACACUUACUUUGCCGUCCUAUUUUAUUAUCUCCUUGUCGAUGGCAUUCAGGCACCAAUGCUGCUUUCCUCUCCUUUAUCAUUGCCUUUGUAUUCCCCAAAAGCAAAACGAAAGCGGUGCAGCCCACAGGCCCGCCGAGCUCGAAAUUUACCACUCAUCGGGUUACCGCUCAUCCUCGGCACCACAUUGGUCGGUGGCUUCCUCUUCUUCAUGGUCAUCAUAGUCGUAAGACAUGAGCGCUGGAGAAGACGGACGCGGAGAUCACUUAUACCAGAGGCAAGUGUGGACUGUUUCAUUAUCACGAUGCCUUCCGUGGCGCCAAAUAGUGUAAAUUCGUUUCUUAUUCUAUCUGUGUUCCCCACUCCCAUCCCCUCCUCGACCUACAGGACGAACUCAGAGAGGCUGUCAACAGGGCCGGUAAUAACAGCCUUGACGACGACCCACACAUUCUUCUGGCCUAUACGGCAUUUCUCGAGAACUACUCCGAAGAGAGACAUGAGCGUUUGAAACGGAUUGUGUCUGCAUACCUGCAGGUUUGUCCUCAUUUGAAUGGGAAUAAACAAAGUUACAACCAGAUACUCGACACUACUCUAAAGAAUAUGCUGUUAGAGAGAGGGAGAGAACCAUCCUUUGGCAUCCACAGAAACAGACUUUACCUUUCACAUUCCCAGCGUAGUUAUCGCUAUCUCGCUUGAUAUACGAAUUGCCACUUCGCGAAUGGGCCUUCAGCUCCGCUCAUUGUGACCCGCGAGAUCCGCAGGACGCCAAAGUUAAUUGA